CCGUCCCCGUCCCGCUAUCCGUUCCGUGCUCGCAUUCCUUAGUUCCGUUCGCUGACCCAACUCCUAAAUCCAAAGCCCAAACCACUCCGCCAUUGGCCACCCCUUAUGCCUCCGCUCCUCCUGCUGCUGCUCGCUUCCUUCCUCCUCCCGCCGCCGGCGGCCAGCGCGGGCACGGCACAGCCGUCAAGCUGCUGGCCGAAGACAUGCGGGGGCCUGAACAUCACCUACCCGUUCUGGCUGGAGGAGCGCGACCGGCCGCCGUGCGGGCCGCCGGCAUUCCAGCUCAAGUGCAACAGCAGCGGCGCGUUCAUGGUCAAAUCCGUCUACCAGGCGUAUCGGGUGGUCAGCAUCUUCGCCGAGAACCAAUCCCUACAUGUGGUGGACAUCAACCUCCCGCUCGACACCGGCUGCCCAGCGCCAACGUUCAACGUCUCGCUCGUCCCCCGGCCGCUCGCCUUCAGCAAAGCCAACAAAGAGCUGCUCUUCCUUAGCAAGUGCACGGCGGGGUCUCAACCGGAGGAUUCGACUGGGUUUCACAGCCUACCUUGCGACAGGUCUGCCUUCGUCCGGCUCGGCGACGGGCGGAAUUUCUCAAGAAGCCACAUCCAGGGCGGCAUCCCGCCGGGCUGCUUCUUCGCUUUCGUGCCGAUUCUUGAGGUUCCCAACGGGAACGGCGACGAGUACGUCGUCAGCUUGAAGAAGGGUUUUCUCCUGGAGUGGACAACGGUGCCGGGGCAUUGCCCGGACUGCAUGGAAAGCGGCGGGGAAUGCGUGUACAGCGACACCGGGUUGAACUUCGCGUGCAAAUGCUCCGGCACCUUGCUCCCUGAGAAGUGCGGUAGUAGAAAUGGAACUGGAAGGAAGAUAAUACUAAUAGUUUUGAUGACAGUAGCUGCAAGCUUGCUCCUACCAUGUAUAUAUGUGCUUGUAUGGCAUAGAAAGAGAGGAAAGCUACAUUUUUUCCUAUGUGAAAAGACUAGCAGAAACACUGAAAGGAACAUUGAGGCCCUACUAGUAUUGCAUGGAUCCCUAGCUCCGAAAAGAUACAAGUACUCAGAAGUAACAAAGAUAACAUCUUCCUUUGAUAAUAAGCUUGGGGAAGGUGGUUAUGGUGCGGUUUUCAAAGGAAGGCUAGAUGAUGGUCGUCUAGUGGCUGUGAAAUUCUUGCACAACUCCAAAGGAGAAGGAGAGGAGUUUGUUAACGAGGUUAUGAGCAUUGGCAGGACCUCUCAUGUUAAUAUUGUUAACUUAUUUGGGUUUUGUUUGGAAGGCUCAAAGCGGGCCCUAAUAUAUGAGUUCAUGCCCAAUGGUUCUUUGGAUAAGUUCAUAUACUCAGAGAAUCCUAAAGCAGUUUUAGGAUGGGAUAAGCUCUAUACAAUAGCGAUUGGAAUUGCUCGAGGAUUGGAAUACUUGCAUCACAGUUGUAAUACACGCAUUAUCCAUUUUGAUAUCAAGCCUCAAAAUAUCCUUCUAGAUGAGGAUUUUCACCCAAAGGUUGCUGAUUUCGGUUUGGCCAAAUUGUGCCAUACCAAGGAGAGCAAGCUUUCUAUGACUGGUGCUAGAGGGACAGUUGGUUUUAUUGCUCCUGAAGUGCACUCUCGAACCUUUGGAGUUGUUUCAACAAAAUCAGAUGUUUAUAGUUAUGGAAUGAUGCUAUUAGAGAUGGUUGGAGGUAGAAAAAAUGUGAAAUCAGUUGCUCAGAAAUCAAGUGAAAAGUAUUUUCCACAUUGGAUUUAUGAUCAUUUUAGACAAGGUGAUGGAUUACAAGCAUGUGAGGUCUCAAGUGAAGAUGAAGGAAUAGCCAAAAAGAUGAGUGUGAUUGGCCUGUGGUGCAUCCAAAUACUACCAAUGCAUCGCCCUACAAUAGCAAAGGUUUUGGAAAUGUUUGAGCGAGGUUUAGAUGAUUUGGACAUGCCACCGAGACAAAACUUCAGCCAAAUUCUCGAGGAUCCAUCUUACAAUUUGAAUGCAGAAAGCACGAGUACAAGAAGUGGUACCAAAACUCAAGUUUUUAGCGAAGUGCUAAAAAUGAAGGAGAUGAGCGUUGUGAAUUCAAAAAGCUUACAUCGGCUACCAACUCUGUGACAAGGUUACCUAGCAUUGGAAUUAUGCACUGAACUUAUGCAUCUAUAUGAGAGAGGGUAGAAAUCUUAAGUUACUCUGAUACUUGUCUCAAAAGAAACAUGCCUACUAUAAUAUUUUGCAUUCAAAGUCAUUAAGGUCCCAAGAAGGAAAGUUUUGCAACUAUGCAUACGAUAUUUUGACAUAA